AUGCUAUCACCAUUACGUGACCUGUUACGCAACACUGAUUUACAAUCAUUAGUACCAAAAUGCGGUGGAUGUUCCGAAAAUUUUGAUGCAUUCUUACAUAUGCCAUAUAUUCUUUCAUGUUGUCAUACGUUAUGCUUAAUUUGUCUAACACAGGAACAGACGAAAAAGCGAAGAUGUCUGAUCUGUCGAGCAAAAUAUACAAAAUAUACGAUGAAUAGCGCUUUACUUUCUUUAAUUAUACAAAUCCGAGAGCUAAUCAUAUGCUAUCAACGUUCCAGUGCUUUUUGUGAAGAAUGCGGGAAACAAACAAUUAUCAUCGAUAUGCGUCGAUGUUGUACCUGUGAAAUUAAACUAUAUAGAAUGCUAAAGUAUUCUUUGCAGACACGCUGCAUUUGUUUGCAAUGUUGUGUGGAACAUCACAAUGGCCAUAUAUUGCAAGAAAUCUUUACUACAUUGAAUAAAUCUGAAAAUAAUACAACGAAUAAAUCAUUCUUACUAACAACGAAAUGCAUUCAUCAUAAAUUCAAAACGAUGUCUAUCCAUUCGAAACCAUCGUCUUCCAUAUCUUUUACAUCCAAAACGUCAGAUUCAACAUCAACUCAAAUCGUACGUAUUGGAAGUGGUGAUUCAUGUGCAGAAUACGUAAAUAUUUCGACGAAUGGUGAUUCAGAACUUAAAUUCCUCUCUGAGGUCAAUCAUUCUUUUUGGGAAGAAGAUCUUAUAGUGUAA